AUGCAAGCAUGCCCGACACUGUUAUACGAGCAACAUAGGAGAAUUGACUGGCAACUGCCAGGAAACCACAUUGUUGCCAAAAAUGGUGACAUUGAAUAUUAUCGUGCCGAGUUAUUCAGUCUAGCAGAUACAUUUGGAAAAUAUACUCCAAUAUUCAUCAAUGAUAUCAACAACCAGCUCAAUUUCAGACGUCAUUACAAUGAAUUGUGGGAAUAUCUACACGACUUGAUUAUGGUCAACAACUGGCCCAUAAACAAGUUCAGCAUUGUGGGCAAAGUAGUUGGAGAAAGGCUUUUUGAUAGGGGAGGCUAUGGUGGUGCACGGUUAAGCAUUGAUGAUUCCUCGGGGAAGGAUCUGAUUGUUGAAAUCUUUAUAUCAUUGGCCCAGUACGAGGCGAUAUUCCCAGUGUCAGGAACCAAUUUUGGAAAGCUUGUUGAAGUUAGGGGAACAUUUAAAAAUUGGCGACCGGUAGUCGAUAGCAUUACUGUGGUGAGUUCUGUACCGAAUGAUUUGACACGCGAGUUACUGCAUUGGGCCAUUCGAGUGAAGUUCAGAGAGACAGUGUUGCAAAAGCCAUGGAAAUUUGUAAAGACCAUGCAGGAAGAGAAGAGACUUGACAUAGAGCCUCCCAAAGAUGUCCGGUUGCAAGUUCCGACAGAACCGAUUCGUCGGGGACCUAGAAAAAGUGUGGAUAUAGUGAUUGAUUUAACUGGUGAUGAUGACACACAAGAUGGAACUCCAGAAGUGGAGUUUAAUGACAUCACACAGCGCCACUUGGAGAAUACAUCUGAAGUACUUCUACACCACAAACACAUUUAUAUAAAGUUGGUAAAAGAGUCGUUGGUUGUGAUCAUCAAGAAUCUGUUUCGUGAGACAACUUUAGACGAUUUGGUCUCAAACAGGUACGUACUAAACCAGAUCAAUGUAUUUGCAGAGGUGCUUCAACAAUUCCAUGGUUUCCACAUCAACUACCGACUGGAAAUAAUAUUCCGUUUAGCACUAUAUUUCAAAGAGUCAGAGUUGUUUGAGUUUACUGACAGUAUCAUCAAACUGGCAAAGUUUCAAUUCAUGUACCACAGCAUUCAAAGGAAGCUAUCAACAAGAACUCAAAUUAAAACUUUAAAGUAUUUGGACUACUUAACAAAGAGGUUGCAAAUAAACAACUGUGAUUACAAGUUGGUCAAUUUUUUGAUAAGAUAUAUAGUACUGACGUCUGAUUUGAGGUGGAAGUAUAUCAAGGAUGAAAUAAAGUGGAUAAGAGCAUGA